AUGGGUUUAGCUUUCUCGAGGCUGUUUGACCGUCUUUGGGGUCGCAAGGAGAUGCGAAUCCUCAUGGUUGGUCUUGAUGCAGCCGGAAAGACCACUAUCCUUUACAAGUUGAAGCUCGGUGAAAUCGUCACCACCAUCCCCACCAUCGGCUUCAACGUCGAGACUGUCGACUACAAGAACAUUCAGUUCACCGUGUGGGACGUCGGUGGUCAGGACAAGAUCCGCCCUCUGUGGCGCCACUACUUCCAGAACACCCAGGGAAUCAUCUUCGUGGUGGACAGCAACGAUCGCGACCGUAUUGUCGAGGCCCGUGAGGAGUUGCAGCGCAUGCUGAACGAGGAUGAGCUUCGGGAUGCUUUGCUCCUGGUUUUCGCCAACAAGCAAGAUUUGCCUAACGCCAUGAGCCCCGCCGAGAUCACCCAGCAGCUGGGUCUUCAAAGCCUCACCCGCCGUGCUUGGUACAUCCAAUCUACUUGCGCCACCACCGGUGACGGUCUCUACGAGGGUCUGGAGUGGUUGGCCGACACUCUCCGCAAAACUAACCGCGACUAA